AUGUCAAGUUCCGAUAGAGAUAAUUCAUCUCCCAAUUCACCUGGUAUUGGUAAUUUGCUGCUGCUGCUGAAUUCAUCAAAAAUUAAUUUAUCAAUAUAUUCAACAGCUCAACGAUUAAAUAAUAUAGAUAAUCAAAGUCAAGAUGGUAGUAUAUCCCAAAAUGGUGGAAAUCAUUAUGGUCCAACUCUUCUACCGAGUCCAGGUCCUGAAAGUCAAUCUGAUAGUAUAAACAAUUCAUCAAUUAUUAAUUCAAGUUCAAGUUCAAGUUCAAAUGAAAGAAGGAAAUCUUCUCGUAGAGUUCAAAAAAUUAAUUAUGAUAUAAAUCGAGCUUCUAUAUUAUCUGCUAGUCCAAUAAUUCAAGAAAGAUCCAGUAGAAAUAAUACUACUACUAAUAAUACUAAUAAUAAUACUAAAUCUUCAAUACCUACGGGAAUUAUUCAAAAGGGAGGAAUGAAAGAAUUUCAAGAACCAGAAUUAGCUGAACCUAAACCAAUUUAUACUGGUUUACCAUUAGAAGCAUUUCCAACACCAAAGAUAAAGAAAGAAUCAUAUUGGCCAUCUAAGAAUAAAAAAUCUAAUAGAAAUAGUAAUUCAACAUCUAGAGAAGGUUCUACAAUUCCUCAAAUAGAUAAUGAUAUUGAUGUAUUUGUUGAAGGGAAAUAUAAUAAUCGAUUAGAAACAAAUAAAGCCCAAGAAUUAACUCAAAGUAGUGAAAUCCGUGAACCAUUAAAAAUCUUAAUUCGUCGUCUGAAAUCAUCUAAACAAAGUUCUAAUAAAUCUAAAACUUCAAGACAAUCAAAGAAACAAGAGAUAAUUCCUUCUUCACCUAUAAGACCUUCAAGAAGAGUUAAAAUAAUAUCUCCUAAAAAAUCCGCAAGUACAAAUCUUGCUCCAACUAGUAUAAUAAAUUCCGGUAAUUCUAAUGAAAAGGAUGAUCCAACAAAGGAUAAUGAUGAUUUUUGUAGUUCUUGUGGUGGUCCAGGUAUAUUUAUUUGUUGUGAAACGUGCCCUAAAUCUUUUCAUUUUACUUGUUGUGAUCCACCAUUAGAAAAGGCUCCUGAAGAUGAUUGGUUUUGUAAAGAAUGUAUUACUAAACGUGAUCCAUCAUCUAUUCCUACUUGGAAUCAUAUUGGAAUCUUUGGACCAUUAUUAAAUCAACAAGAAAGAAGAAAUCCAACAGUGUUUCAACUUCCAAGAAAUUUAAGAGAAAGUACAUUUAUAGGAGUAACUACUGGAGAUAAUGGUGAUUAUACUGAUGAACAUUUUAAACCAGAAAUGUCUUAUAGUAAAGCUAAUGGUUCUCAAAUUCCAGGUUGUAAUAAAAAUAUUGAUCUUGAAAUUGAUAGUUUAUAUGAUAAACAAGGAAAUCCAUAUUUAUGUCAUAAAUGUGGUGAAUCUGGUUUAAAUCAUCGUAUAUUAACUCAUUGUGAUUAUUGUCCAUUGGUUUAUCAUAUAGAUUGUUUAGAUGAACCAAUCUUUGGUCCAAAGACUAUUGGUAGUAAAUGGAGAUGUCCUAAUCAUAUUGAAGAAUUAUUACCUCCUGGUAUUUUAAAAUUAAGACAUCUUAAAGAUUCUUCAGUAGUUGAUGCAUCUUUACAUUCAAAUUUCUUAAAAAUUGCAUUACUGAGUAAUAUUCUUAUAAAGCAUGAAUCACAACCAUAUAUUAAAGAAGAUAAAAUACCGAAUCUUCAAGAAUAUAUUCAAUAUCAAAGUCAAGAUUUUUCAAUUCCAAUAAGUGAUAAUAAUAGUGAUCAAGAUAUUGAUGAAUUUGAUAGUAUUCAUCCUAAUUUUAGAAUUCCAGAAUAUUUUCAAUCUAUUGCUACAAGUGAUGGAAUAGUAGCUAAAGCAUCUAAUAAAUUAAAUAAAAUACUUACAAUCACUUCACCUGAAGAAACUGGAGAAUUAAAUUCAUUUAUAUAUAGAAUUCCUGAAAAACUGAUAUUACUUGAUUUCUUUGAGAAAGCAAGAGUAUUAGAAAAUUUAGAAGAAUAUGAACUUCAAAGUCGAUUGGAAGAUAAUGAUGAAGAAUUACAAGUAGUUGAUACAUUAAAUGAAAUUAAAACAAAACCAUCAUCAGGAUUAAAUUUUAAAGAGUUGGUUAAACAGGUAAAUAAUAAUCAUCAAGGUAUUAAUAUAGAUAAAUCUGAGAUUGAUGAAUUAAGUUAUAUUAAGAAAUUAAUAGAAAUUAAAGGUAAAGAUGCUAUGAUGAAAUUUUUACAAUCAUGA